AUCUCACUAAAAUUCAUUAAAUUAGUGUAAUGACUUUUUCAAACUAUUCAGUCAUCUACAUGUGAAGUUUUGUUUUAUUAUUAUUGUUAUUAAUACUACUACUAUUAUUAUUACUGGAUACAGAUAAACAAAGAUCCAUCUAUAAGUAUUCACAAUUUUCACCAUUAUAUAAGCGGAGUAUAAAUAUAAAUGCACAAACGUAUGGUAGGAUAGAAAAUUAUUCAUUUUGCAAAUCAUUUAAAUAGCACUUCUAUGAAAUGACUAGUUUAUAAGUAUUCAUCUGAAAAUAAUCGAAUAACCUAUAAUGCUACCACUGAUUGUCUACACUUUCACAGUGUUAUUUCAGUUCAUCUUGACUGCUGCUGGAGAAUGUCCAAAACGAUGUAUGUGUAUGGGACAAACAAUUCAUUGCCAAAAUGUUGGGUUUCGUGCAAUACCCCGUUUGCCAAGUAUUGUUCCAAGUCCAGGCGGGGGAGUUCUCCAGUACUUAACUAUCGUGGAGAAUUCUAUAAUGAGAUUGGAGAAAGCCUCCUUUGAAGGACAUUUAGAUCUGUUACGCUUAGAGUUGUAUUCAAAUCAAAUUGUAUGGAUAUCUGUUGAAGCGUUCACAGGUUUACCAAUGCUCAAAAGUUUAAUAUUACGGUCUAACCGUUUAGCCUACCUACCGCAAGAUGUUUUCACGCCGAUAUAUAUGAUCGAAGAACUGGAUUUGUCGGAUAAUCAAUUAAAACAUAUACCAUUUUCAGUGGAAGGCUUAAUUUAUUUGAAGCGUUUAUCACUAGGCGGGAAUCCAAUCUACUGUCCUUGUGAAAUAGUUGAUUUUGCACUGUCACUUAUGUACAUUGAACAAAAAUCGUCAAGAGUUACAUGCCAUAAUCCACCACAAGUACGUAACGUAAGGCUGUCAGAUUUGGCUGAUCGUCUCAGAACGCUGGUAAAUCAAACACGGAUUUUAGGCUAUCAAACAGUGAGUGAACCAGAAAGAAGUUCAGCGAUUUAUUCACAGCCUUAUUUAUUUGAGCCAGAAAUACUGCGUCGUUAUUGGCCAUGGCCACAUUGUCCAAGAGAAGAUUUUGGUGGGAAAUCGCCUAAACUACUUACUAAAUCAGACAGUCAUUAUGAAACAGAGGAUCAAAAUUCGAAUAAUUUAUUAGUAUCGAAUCAAAAUACUACACUUUAUUCCGAUAAUAAACCACCAGUUUUAGCUGUUCAUUUGCGAAACGUAAAAGUAGUGGCUGGUGAAGUGGCGAGAUUUAUAUGUAGAGGUGAAUCAGGUACCGUUGGCCAGAUUAACUGGAUUCUACCUAAUACAGCUACACGUUUUAUAAGACUUUAUCGUCGACGUCAAAUUCUUGAAAUAACCGAAGUCCACGAUUAUCAUGAAGGGAGUUAUACUUGUGUUCUGUCUAACGCUUACGGUGUUGUUACAUCAGAAGCCAUUCUGCAACUAAUUCAACCAGUUAAACCAACAAUAAUUGAGGCUCCUCCGGCAGAUGAUAACUCCGUUGCAGAACAUUCAAUUCUUGACUUACGUUGCACAGCGAAAGGUUCACCAAAACCUACUAUUUCUUGGGUAUGGCAAAAAGAAACACUACCACUACAGCUAGUCACCGGUGGUCGAUAUAUUGUACGAAGUCAUAGUACAGAGAUCAGCACACUCCAGUUUCAGUUUCAAAAGGAUUUGAGUAUUUAUUCAACUGAUCAGUAUAUACUGGCAGAAAAUGAAAACACAGAAACAAUGAGUGUAUUACUUGUCAGAAAUGUAACUUCAGAGGAUGCACACGGUAAAUAUAAGUGUUAUGUGGCAAAUAGAGUGGGAUCAGCUCGUGUUUCGACAGUGAUUAAUGUUAUUACUGAGAACAGUAAUCGUGAAUGGUCCAUUCCUCAAGAGAAUAAUGAAGACACUAUAAAUCGUGAUACAAAGAAUAUGACAUCAGAUUAUGAAUCAGUCGAUGGUGACGAACUUGUUAAACACAUUAUCGAAAAAGCACGUAAACGUAUUGAGGCAGCAAUUAAGAAGACAGCUGAUCGUCUAAGAGAUACAGGAAGGAGAAGGUCAUCAGCAGAUAUUGCUUCUCUUUUUCGACAACCGAAUCGUGCUGCUCUGGAACUAGCUAAAGCAGCUGAAGUAUAUGAGGCAGCAAUCGACGAGGUAACUAGUAUCCUACGCCAAAGAAAUCAAAAACAAUUCGAGUUUAGCAAAACUGAUAUGAUGCCAGAUGAGUUUAAAGAAAUCGAUGAUGAAAUUGAUCCAAAUUCACGUGACACAUUAGGAGUAGAACUGAAUUCAGACCAGUUGGCUAUAAUUGCUCAAUUGUCAGGUUGUCAAAGUGCACAGCAAGUAGAUCCAUGUUCGAGGCAGUUAUGUUUUCAUUUACGCUAUCGUUCAAUUGAUGGAACAUGUAAUAAUUUGAAUCAUCCACGAUGGGGUGCUGCAUUAGUUCCAUUCAGACGAUUGUUACCACCAAAAUAUGAGAAUGGCAUGAAUACACCAAUUGGAUGGUCAUCGACAAGGCUAUAUUUUGGUUACCCAAAGCCUUCAGCAAGAUUAGUAUCCCGUGAAUUGUUGGGUAAUGCAUCUUUAAUGAUGAGACAGAGUAAAAUUUUAGAAAUGUUCAACAAAAAAACGAAAAUGAUGAAGAUGAACAUGAAAAAUAAAGAAGAAUACAAAAUGUCUAUGAUGAAGGGCAUUGGCCCUCAACCUUCUACUACAGCUUCUAAGAUGCGGUAUAAUAAAGACGAUAUGUAUUCACUCAAUGAAGAAGACACCAAAGACGGCAUGUUUAAUAUCAGUAUGAACAAGUUAUUCGACGAAGAUGAAAAAUAUAGUGGAAUGUUAAUGCAAUGGGGUCAAUUUUUAGAUCAUGAUUUAGACUUUACACCAGUUGAUGCAUCAACAAGUCGAUUUAGUGAUGGUCUUGGAUGUAAUGAAACUUGUGUCAAUGAUCCACCAUGUUUUCCAAUUUUAGUCCCUCCAAAUGAUCCACGUAUAAAACAUCGUUGUAUUGGAUUCGCUAGAUCAAGUGCUACAUGUGGUUCAGGCUCAACAUCGAUCCUUCUAGGGAAACCACGUUACAGAGAACAAUUAAAUCAAAUUACUGCUUUCAUAGAUGCAUCAAAUGUCUAUGGAAGUGAUGAUUUUGAAAACAGUCAACUGAGGGAAACAUUAUUCGAUGAAGGCAAAAUGAGAGAAGGUAUGCCGACAAAAGCUGGUAAACGUUUGUUACCAUUCAAUAUCAGAGGACAGGUUGACUGUCAAGCUGAUCCAGGUCAAGAUUUCGUACCAUGCUUCAAGGCUGGUGAUCAUCGUAGUAAUGAGAAUCUGGGUCUAUUAUCAUUGCACACUUUGUGGUUAAGAGAGCAUAAUCGUUUAGCUGACAGUCUGAGGACGUUAAAUCCUCACUGGUCAGGUGAUAGGAUAUUUCAUGAGGCAAGAAAAAUUGUCGGUGCAUCCAUGCAAGCUAUCACAUAUCGUGCUUGGUUACCAAUAGUACUUGGACCAGAUGGAAUGAAAUUAUUAGGCACAUACAAUGGAUACGAUGAUCAAACAAAUCCAACAAUAAGUAAUGCAUUUGCUACAGCUGCUAUGCGUUUUGGUCACACUAUGGUACCUCCAGUUGUAUUUAGAUUAAAUGAAAAUUGGGAGCCGAUUGAGGAAGGUCACUUACUAUUACAUCAAGCAUUCUUUGCUCCUGACAGGUUACUUAAAGACGGGGGAAUGGAUCCUAUUGUAAGAGGUCUUUUAUAUAAUGGUAUUCGUGAUCGUUCAAGGAAUCCAUCUCUUAACAGUGAACUUACGGAAAGAUUAUUUGCUAUGGCUCAUGAGCUAGCAUUAGAUUUAGCAGCUCUAAAUGUCCAACGUGGACGGGAUCAUGGGCUUCCAAGUUAUACGGAAUAUGCAUAUAAAGUCUGUGGACUAGGUAAUUCCCCACAUCCCAGUACCUUUGAAGAAUUAAAACCAAGAAUUUCAAAAAAGCAUGUUUUAGAAGGACUACGCAGGGUCUAUGGUCAUCCAGGAAAUAUUGAUUUAUUCACAGGUGGAAUAUUAGAAGAUCUAUUGCCAGAUGCUAGAGUAGGUCCAACCUUCGCUUGUAUCAUAGCUGAACAAUUUCGUAAACUUAGAUCAGGUGAUCGAUUUUGGUAUGAAGCCUCUGGAGUAUUUUCGCCAGCUCAAUUAGCAGAGAUCAAACGUACAGGAUCAAGUUUAUCACGUAUUGUCUGUGAAAAUUCAGAUAAUAUCACUCAAGUACCUGAGAAUGCUUUCAUCAGACCUUAUCGUAAACAGGAUUUAGUUGAUUGUAGUCGUAUAUCGCGAAUGAAUUUAGCCGUUUGGAAGGAAUGUCCAUCUACAAGUGGGUUCUUGAAUACAUUUCACGGUACUGCGUAUAUUACUGACACAGGGAAGUUAGAAUCUGUUGAAGCAACAACACAGAGACGAAGUCGACGUGAUAUAUCCGAUAUUGAUCAUAUGUUAUCAUCACCAAAUACUUGCAGUAAUCAUGAAACACAACAAUUAAAAAUAUUAUCAAACAGAAUUCAACAGUUAGAAGAACAAAUGUCUAAGCUCGUGGAAGCUAGUCAAAAUACAACAUCAAAUAGUAAUAAUUAAAAAAAGAUAUCAAUAGUCUGUUUGCUAACUUGUAUUCAAAGGUUGAACAGAUAGAUCUAUUUGUGAAAAUAACUCCCAGAAAACGUAAACAAAAAAAAACUACAUGAACGAAUCGAUUUUGUUAUUUUUUCCCUGUUUUGUUUUCCUUCCAGACAAUAUAAACUAUUCUAGAAAUAGGUAUAGUCAAUAAAAUCUUAGGAUUUUUAUUUUCAAAACAAAAUGUACACUAACCUUACUUAUCUUUGCCAUUUAUCGCUUUUUAAACGAGGAAAUAUCACAUUUUUGUGUGUUUCCGAAUGAUCGCUAUCAAAACUAUUAUUACUAAUAAUACUCUACAGAAUGUAAUCUGACAGUUGAAGCUUGUCAAAACUGAACAAAUCCUAGUUGCCAUUGAUUAUUUGUUUAUGGAUUAUCUAUAAAUUUCUAUUCCGCUUUCAAAUGUCACUGUUAAUUUGUUUACUAUAUGUCGCUUAUUUUAUUUCUCCUAUAAAAGAAAAAAAUAUAAUAAGUG